AUGAGGCCAAGCGCCAUUCUAAUGAAUAGUUUCAAAGAAGAAGAUGUUUACAGCAAAAUGGAUGAAUCGUUGGGUUUGUGGAAUCAUAUUUGGCACCAGAAUGGAAAAUGUCCGAAGAAGUGGGCGUUACUACAAAGUCACGACGAUCUUGUUGGAGGAAAGGCACGUAUAGCAGUAUGGAAGCCCAAUGUCGAGUCAGGCACAAAUGAAUUCAGCUCAGCUCAGAUAUGGGUCGUGAGCAACGACCACGCCAACGGUUUCAGCACCUUAGAAGUUGGUUGGCAGGUUAACCCAGCACUAUAUAAAGACAGCGAGCCACAUUUCUUCAUAUAUUGGAGUGGUCAAGAUAGAAGAAUAAUAGAUUGUGUUCAUAUCAUGGAUCAACCGGGUUUGGAUCAUCCUUUGCUCAAAAACCACACCGUCCAAAUGAGACCAAGCGCCUUUCUAAUGAAUAGUUUCAAAGACGAAGAUGCUUACCGCAAAAUGAAUGAAUCGUUGGGUUUGUGGAAUCAUAUUUGGCGAAAGGAUGGGAAAUGCCCGAAGAACACCGUUCCAAUCAUACGACAGACAAGAGAAGAUUUGUUAGGAGAAGUUUCCAUUAAGAAAAAGAAGCAGCUUCCACCACUAAACAGAUCUUAUGGUGGCAUUUCAAAUAAGCAUGAGUGGGCGUUAAUACAAAGUCAAGGCGAAGUUGUUGGAGGAAAGGCACGUAUAGCAGUAUGGAAGCCCUAUGUCGAGUGGGGAACAAACGAAUUCAGCUUAGCUCAGAUGUGGGCCGUGAGUGACAAUCACGCCAAUGGUUUCAGCACCUUGGAAGCUGGUUGGCAGGUUUACCCAGCUCUAUAUAAAGACACAGAGCCGCAUUUCUUCGUAUACUGGACUGAUGAUUCAUACGUUAAAACGGGCUGCUACAAUAGUUGUCCCGGAUUUGUCCAAACGAACAAUGAGGUCGUCUUAGGUAGUGUCAUAAGUCCUACAUCUAUCUAUGACGGUGAUCAACAAGAAUUCCUACUCCAAAUCUCAAGGGAUCCCGUAAACAAACAGUGGUGGCUGGCAUUGAAUGGGGUACCCGUGGGAUACUGGCCCACGGAAACAGUAAAGGGAAUGGGAGAACUUGCAAGAAGGAUUGAUUUUGGAGGUGAGAUUGUGAAUGAGGGUAAGGGACAACACACAACUACGGAGAUGGGAAGUGGACAUUUGCCCGACGAAGGCUUUAAAAGAGCUGCUUAUUUCUCGAAUAUACAGACAAUCGACACAUCGAAUCAAACCCGCUCCGGUGCCGAAAAUCUCAUUCCUUUACUCACUCACGGAAAUUGUUAUACUUUGAUUGGUGGGACGGUGGACCGUCGUCCUGGUGGUCGGGGAGCCUUUUUUUACUAUGGAGGUCCUGGUAGAAGAUCGGAGUGCCCGUAG